AUGUCUACCACCGACGCCCUCGUCCAAGCGGCCCAGUCCCGCCGCACCAUCUACAAGCUCGGCAAGAACAGCCCCGUCGCCGACUCCAAGAUCGAAGAGCUCGUCAAUGCCGCUAUCUUGAACGUCCCCAGCUCCUUCAACACCCAGUCCACCCGUCUGGUUGUCCUGCUCCGUGAGGAGCACGAUAACCUCUGGGAUAUCACCAUUGAGACCUUCAAGGGUCUCGUCGCUACCGGUGCCGUCCCCGAGGAGGUCUUCCAGAAGCAAACUCUCCCCAAGCUGCAGGGUUUCAAGGCUGCCUACGGCACUAUCCUCUUCUACGAAGACCCCGCCCACAUCAAGCCCUUCCAGGAGAAGUUCGCCACUUACAAGGCUCACUUCGAGCCCUGGGCUGAGCACUCCAACGCCAUGCACCAGUACUUCCUCUGGACCGGCCUCGAAACCCUCGGCUUCGGCGCAAACCUCCAACACUACAACCCCCUCAUCGACGCCCCCGUCGCCCAAAAGUGGAACAUUCCCACUGAAUGGCGCCUGAUCUCCCAGCUCGUCUUCGGUAGCCCCGAGGCCGCUGCCGGCGAGAAGGCCCAGAAGCCCAUUGAGGAGCGUGUCAAGAUCUUUGGCAAGCAGUAA